AUGGUAGAGAUGCCUUAUCGGUUAGACACACACGUCUUAACGGUAGACGCCGACGUCAUACACGAGGUCGACACCAAUCCCGCCAAUGUGUAUAGCAUGUGGACUGUCUUUUCCCGCUGCGCAGAUUCAGUAAAGCAAGGUCGAAGAUUAGAAAACAAGAGUUGGCGUCUCUGGCAAAGAGAGCAGCUUGUCGAGAACCCACAGAAGAACAACGCCUCUUGUACCACUGCCACCCCCACAGGCACUGUCCCAAAGAGCGUCCCUUCAGACGCGAGGAUGCAAGAAGUUCCUCAGCUUUCUGGUAGCGUCGAGUCGUUAGCCGACGAUGAGGCAGUCGACUUCACCUCUAUCCCCGCACCUCUCGAGAUCCGACCCAGGAUACGCAGACUGGAUUCUUCCACCACCCGAAGAGAUCGACGCAUCAGCUCAGGCGAUUUUGAGAAGAUGAUCGUCUCCAUCGUCAAAGACAAGGCUCCCCUUUCUGCCCCAUCACAAACAUCACCGUUGAUGGCUUCCACCAUGGAGCAGUCCCCUGCUUCUCUCCCUCUAACCCUCACUCGAUCCGGAUCGACCACAACCGAAUCUCAAUCCUCAGAACAGAUAGCCGGGGACUCACAUCCUUCUCCCAUGCCAACCUCGGAGGGUAUCGAGGUACAGGCACUCCCUUUCCCAGAGCCAGCCGAUGCUGCUUCUUCGGAAGACCCCUUGCCUGAGCCCAGAUCUUCACCGGCACCCAUGGAUGUGCAGCCCAAGAAGCAGCCUGCCCGGUUUGCCCUUGGUGGAUCUUGCUCCUCAAGCGAACAUAGCCAAAGCAUCGACAAUGUCAAGGCUACCUCCACUGCAGUCGGCAAGAAGCCCAUGUUCCAGAUUGGCGGCUCAUCGGGAGAGGAUUCUCUCAAGAGCUCUGUUCACUCUAAUGUCCCCAUCACCCUCAACAACAUGCCAUGCGAGCUUAUGCAGCAGAGUGAGAAUGCAGUUGACUCUGACACCGAGGCCGAGUAUAUCGACGAGAGUGCCAUUGACGAUGACGACUCGUCUGACUGGGAAGACUCCACUGAGGACAGCGGCAAGUCUAGUGUUGACGACAAAUUUUUCCAGCGUGUCGAGUCCAAGGCCAACCUGGCAUCUCGCCCAUCGCUUAUUACUCUCAUGCUUGCCCAGAACGAGCGAGCCAACACUCUCGGCAACCAAGCUUCACAGCCUACUCCCGCCAUCCAUCGAUCCCGGGCCGCGCCUCAUGGUAUCAGCCUCGCUGGUUCUCCCAAUGACUCUGACGAGGCCCCCCUCAUGAUGAAGGGUUUCCGACACGCAGCACUCAAUCCCAUCAGCGAGAUCCCUCGAUCUACCGCCCAGCCCAUCGUUACUCGUUCUACCCACACCAACUUCCCUGCGGCUUUCUCUCCACGAACCACCCGCCGCAAUAUGCUGGCUACCGAACUUACGGAAUCCCUCCGACUCAACCUCGUUUGGGAGCGACAGCAGAAGAAGUUUGGUGGCAAGGCGUUGCUCAAGCGCCGCCACACCUCGCAGGAUGUUGCCGACCUGAGGCAGUAUCCUCAGAAGGCAUGCAUGAAGCCUAGUGAGGAUGUGGAAACACACAGCUGGAACCAAUACUUUUCCAAGGAAGCCCUCAAUGGGUAUCACUCCAAGGGGUGGUAA